AUGUCGAAAGUCGUACGAAGCGUCAAGAACAUCACGAAGGGAUAUAACAAUGUGCAAAUCAAAGUUCGGAAUGCUACGAGUAACGACCCAUGGGGUCCGGUUGGAUCUGACAUGGCUGAAAUCGCCCAACUAACCUUCAAUUCGGCGGAAACAUUUUACCAGAUAAUGGAUAUGAUCGACAAACGUUUGAACGACAAGGGCAAAAAUUGGAGACAUGUUUUGAAGGCCUUGAAAGUGUUGGAUUACUGUCUGCACGAAGGUUCUGAGUUGGUAGUGACAUGGGCCAGAAAGAAUCUCUAUAUUAUCAAGACUUUGAGGGAGUUCCAGUAUAUUGACGAGGAUGGGAGAGAUGUCGGUCAAAAUGUUCGGGUCUCCGCUAAAGAAUUGACAUCUUUGAUCUUAGAUGAGGAUAGACUUCGAGCUGAGCGCGCUGAUCGCAAAAACUGGAAAUCUAGAGUCACUGGCCUGGAUGAGUUUUCCGAACCUUCAGAUGCACAGCCACGACGACAACGACCGCACCGAGCGCAGCGCGCCGACGAAGAGGACGCAGAAUAUAGGCUGGCAAUUGAAGCUAGUAAAUACCAGGAGGAAGAAGAUCGCAAGAAGCGCGAGAGUAGGCAAGGGGGCCGUGAACCAGAUGACGAUGAUCUCGCUAAAGCUCUCAAGCUCAGUCAAGAGGAAGAAGAGUUGCGCAGACGUGAAUUAGAAGAGCAGAAUGCGCAUUCGCUCUUUGAUGAUGACCCAAUCCAGUUAUCGCAACCAACUGGUUUCAAUGGAGGGUACCAGCAACAAGGAGCCGUCGAUUGGUCAGGAAAUCCCAUUGAUAUGCAACCUACGGGAUAUUUGAAUCCCUAUACAAAUUUCCAAAAUGCGCAACCUACCGGCUAUCAAGCUACUGGUUAUCAGCCUGGAUUCUCCGGGCAGCCAACGGGUUUUGAUCCUUACGCAUCACAGCAACAGCAACAACAACAACAACCGUUUCAGCCACAGCCCACUGGAUUCAAUCCAUAUGACCAGUUCUCACAACAGCAGCAACAGCAACAGCAGCAGCCUCAGCAGCAACCUCAACUCCUAGAACCAAUUGCCCCCGCCGGAACAAACAACCCCUGGGCCACAAACCAGAGUCAGCCACUCCAAUCUUUACAACCAAUGCCUACUGGAUCCAACAAUCCAUUUGCAUCAUCAUUUGCGCGCCCUCAAACCAGUUCCGCUGCAUCCAAACCAACACUCGCUACUCUUCAAGAACAAAAGACUUUAGGCCAAUACAACAAUACAUCAUCAUUCAGCAACACUCCGUCCUUCAGUCCUUCUUCAUUCUCGCCACAACCACCCCAAAGAGAAGUAUCCGAACAUGAAGCUAAGCUCAAUGCGCUGCUAUCUAGCGGAGAUGGAAUGGACACUUUCGGAAAUACAGGAAACCUCAGAAUCCCAGCUCAGCAUACUGCACCGGGAACCUUUGUUAACAGUGCAGGUGCUGGCUUAGGACGUAUCCACGAACAACAAACCGCCCACAACCCAUUCCUCCACACCCAAUAUACCGGCAUGCCACAGACGACAUAUCAAAAUAAUGCUGCUGGUGCUUUUGGCAGCAGUCCAUUUGGUCGACAAGUGCCAGCUGCGACUGGACCGGCUGGUAUGAAUGGCGGCGCAAACGGAUUCAACCAAUCGAGCAAUCCCUUCGGCCCCAGACCUCAGCAGGGACAAAACGGACAGGGUGGAGAUUUGAUACAAUUUUAG